UGGCGAUACGCAGGCCUCUCACUGUUGUGGCCUCUCCCGUUGCGGAGCACAGGCUCCAGACGCGCAGGCUCAGUGGCCAUGGCUCACGGGCCCAGCCGCUCCGCGGCAUGUGGGAUUUUCCCGGACCGGGGCACGAACCCGCGUCCCCUGCAUCGACAGGUGGACUCUCAACCACUGCGCCACCAGGGAAGCUCUAGGAGCCCUUUUAUAGCCAUUUUUAAAUGUUUCAAAAGAAAAUGUGCUAAACCGUGUCCCUGGGGCGUUGAAUCUGUGGGCCCCGGAGAAAAACGGGAGCAUUUUCCUGUUGCUGCGGAAAUCAGGGGCGGCCUUGUCAGGGAGGAAGAACCAGAACAGGGCUGGGGACAGGUGGAUGGGUAGGAUGAGGGGGGCUCUCUUUGAGGAAGAAGGACGGGCACGAGCACAGUGAAGGUGUUGGACCUGGGUCAGGGGCAUUUGGGAUGCCCGGCUGGGGAAGGGGGGCCGGAUCCUGAGCUGCUGGAAUGUUCCCAAGCCUGUCGGCCAGGGACUGCCCGACCGACUUUGGUGAGAUGGUUAACUGAGCGCAUUUCUGGGCCCCUCCCCACUGAGGCAGAGGUGGGAUCGGUCUGGGGCGGGCCGCCAAAUCUGCAUCUUAACUAGCAGUUCAGGCAACCCGUGAGGCAGGUGGCCUCUGGCUAUGCUUGGCGACUUGCUGGUGCCGACUGCACAGGGCCCGUUGCAGAUGCUCAAGUGACACAGGUGGCCGAGUUAGAACAGUGGCUGUAGCCAUAGUGCUGGGGAGGAGGAGUCAGGUGGGGUGGAACGGGGGUGGAACAGGGAGCCUAGUUAGGAGGCUCAGGUGAGACCCUUCGACCGGAGUCCGGUCCACCUGGCAUUGGAGCCCCUGGUUUGGGCGCCACCCAGCCUCCUUCGUGGUCACCUUUCUUCUUCCUCGGCCUGGGGUACCCUGGAGCCUCCACUGAGGGAUCAGAAGGCAGGAGGGCUGCUGCGGGUCUGGCCCUUCCUGGUGGCCUGGGAGGGGGUCUGCCUCGGCUGAAAAGUCAUCUGAGCCACUACCCAGGUGACCGCCGCGGGCUGGCUCCACGCACCGGGGACGCAGAGGGUGAGAGGAGAAUGGGCCCAGUGUCCUUCCCAUCUGCCGCUCUGAGUGGAGCUUCUGUAAGGAGAGGGCUGCGGCUUCCCGAGGGGUUGAAGGCAGCCAGCACAGGCCAGCCCGUCCUGCUUCGGGGGAGCAAGGUCAGAAGGCCCAAGAGAGAACCCCGACACUCAGAACACUGGUCUCAAGUCAGUGCGCAAGGAAGGGCUUGGAGGUGAGGGCAUGGGGCAGCUGGGGACAUGGGCAGAGGGCAAGGGUGCCUCUGCCAGUUGGUACAGGGAUUUCAGUUCCUGAACGAGGGAGCUGACUCUAAUUUCCGGGCUUUAUCCCUAAGAUCACCACCCAAAUGUUUCAGGUCUUCAUCCAUUUGCGUGUCUCCAGGAAAACCACCUGGGCAGCAGUGGGGCGCCCACCCCAACGGGCCUGGCUCAGGGUGUAACGGGUGACCGAGUGGGUGGGGGCCCUCCAGAGUGGGAGAGGCUCGUGCAGGUUUUGCUCAUUGUCACCAGUUAACAUGGGGCGUGAGCCAGUGGCUCCAGGCCCAAAAAUAGACCUUGGAUCCCGGGGUGCAAGUUUCCCCAUUCUCUACAGGUGAAGAGACAUUCACAGCGCUCUCCCUCUCCUCACCUGUUUGGACACCCCUGUGGCCAUUCCCAGGGGUGGGAAAAGCUCAAUCUCUGACAUUUGGGACCCAGAUUCCAACCCAGCUCCUCCCUGUGAGCUGGGACGGUUACUCAGUUUCUGCACUUCUGUUUCUUGGUGGAGUACAAUUGCUGGGUCAUACGGUAGGUCUACGUUUACCAUCUUAUAGAACUGCCAAACUGUUUUCCAGAGCGGCUGCGCCAUUUUGCAUCCCCACCAGCAGCAUGUGAGGGUUCCGAUGUCCCCACGUCCUCACCAAGUCUUGUCAUUGCCUGUCUUUUUCAUUGUAGCCAUCCUAGUGGGUGUGAAGUGGUAUCUUCAUUUUGCGUUUCCCUGAUGAGUGUUGGUGUUGAACAUCUUUUUAUGGGCUUUAUUAGCCAUACGUAAAUCUUCUUUGGUGAUGUGUUUAUUUCAACCUUUUGCCUAUUUUUAUAAAUUUAGUUAUUUAUUUAUUUAUUUUUGGCUGCAUUGGGUCUUCGUUGCUGUGCGCAGGCUUUUUCUAGAUUGUGUUGAGCGGUGGCUACUCUUCCUUGUGGUGUGCGGGCUUCUUAUUGCGGUGGCUUCUCUUGCUGUGGAGCACGGGCUCUAGGCACGCGGGCUUCAGUAAAUGCGGCAUGAGGGCUCAGUAGUUGUGGCACACGGGCUUUGUUGUUCCGCGGCUUGUGAGAUCUUCCUGGACCAGGGCCCGAACCGGUGUCCCCCGCAUUGGCAGGUGGAUUCUUAACCACUGCACCACCAGGGAAGUCCCUGCCCAUUUUUAAAUUGGAUUGUUUGUCUUCUUAUUAUUGUAAGAGCUGUUUAUACAAACUGAUUCAAGUCUUUUGUUGGAUAUGUGAUUUGCAGGUAUUUCCUUCCAGUCCUUGUCUUGUGUUUUCACUUAUUAACGAUGUCUUCUGAAGUGCAGAGGUUUUUAAUACUGAUGAUGCCACACUUAUCAAUUUCUUGUAUUGUUUGUGCUUUUGGUGUUAUAUCUAAGAAUCUUUGCCUAACCUGAAGUCAUGAAGAUACAGUUGUUUCCUUCCAAGCAUCUAUAGCUUUAGACCUUACCUUAAGGUCUGUGAUCACUUUAAUUUCUGUAUAUGGUAUAUAAUUUUGUAUAUGAUGAGAUAAGGGUGUAAAUUAAUCUUUUUUGCAUGUGGAUAUCCAACUGUCCCAGGAACAUUUGUUGAAAACGAACAAAAAAAUGACUCUUUCCCCCAUUGAAUGGCUGUGGCGCUUUUGUUGAAAAUCUCAACCCUUGUGUUUAAUUUCCCAGCUUUCUCUUUCUCUCUCCUCUUGCUUAUCGUGGUGGUUGGCAGACUGGUAGAAUAUGAUGUUAACCGCAUUUCCACAUGUAUAACUGCAUCAUCAUAGUUUCCAAGAGCCAGCGGCUAUGUGACCAUUGGUCAAAGACAAGAUGGUCUACCCGAGUAGCAGCUGCCGUCUGCCAGCUGUGUGAUUUGGGUCAAGUUUCUUAAUUGCUCCCUGCCUCAGUUUCCCCACCCGUGAACCAGGGGUGCUAAUAACUCCUUACCUCAACGGUUACUGUAAAAAAGAUAAGCGGAGGGCAGCCCACACAGUUGACAUUAGUUGUUCCGCUGAUGCAGCUGUGUUUCUGAUGACCAGCAUUACUUUGGGCUAAAAUUGCUCAGCCUGGCUCCGCACAUCCUAAAAUAAAGAAGGGAAGGGAUACCCACACAGUUGAGGGGCGCUCCGUGCAGACCGCAGUGCCUAGGAAGCAGCUCCCAUAGCCCACACAUCUGGCCGUUUUUGACAUCAGCUGCAAGUGAUACUCUUUUUUGGUGUGAAUGCACCUUCUUUAGGAAGGCCUGGCGGAGCACGUGUCCCUGAGUGAUGCCAAAGAGAUGUGAGAAAAGAAAUACCACUAGCUUAAUCUCCUCUCUGGUUUGCACUGAAUUCUAGUACAAACAUGCACGUCAGCACACUCACCCACACUCACCUCCCCCUACACACACACACACACACACACACACACACACACCCCUUUCCUGGCAGGCUCCUCCUCCUUUACCGCCUCCUCCUUUCAUUUGUAAGUAGCUCCCUCCAGAGGGCCAGACAUUUGCAUCACCCCCACCUGAACCCUAACUUGUCUCCGAAGGUGGGGUCUUAACCCUAGCACUGGACAUCUGGAGCCUGGUCCCUGUUUGUCGUGGGGCCGUCCUGGAGGGAGGGGGGUGUAGCACCCCCCCCUUCCAGUUGUGACAACCAAAACUGUCUCCAGACAUGGCCACAUGUCCCCCUGGGAAGCAAAACCACACCCCACUGAGAACAGCUGCCCUCCUGGGUCUCAUUAAAGGCGUAUGAGACAGAUCGGGAGCCGGAGAACAGACCCUCGUGGGCAGAUGUCAGGAUAGUGAUCUGAAGGGUCACAUCCCCCGGGCUGUCCUGCACUCAGAGCCCCAUGUGCCUUGUCUCCAGGGCCUCACUGUGCUCGGAACGCUCCGGGCAGCGCUGUGCAUCUUCCUGCCCUGUGGGCUUGCCGUGAAACGGCCAUAGCACCUGUGGCUCCUCGGCCCUGGUGCCCUGGAACCUCCACUCUUGGUUCACACCACCUUCUCUCCGAAGCCAUGUCUGCAAAGGCCCCCGACAUGAAAGGAAACGCGGAGAGAGCCCCUUGGCGGAGCCCCAGUCCCGACAACGAAGCCUUGCUUUUGAGGCAGAAGCACCAAUUGCUACACGUCCGAGAGAAAGGAGACCUGCCCCCACAGAGGAGACAGGACCUCUAGCAGUGGAAGAGCUCCCAGCGCUUGGCCGAGGAGCUGCAGGCAGAGCAGCAGGAGGCCCCGGGCCAGCAGGUCCGAGGCCUGGAGAGGCUGUACUUAGCACAUCUGUUGGAGGGGAGGCGGUCGGGCAGACUGGCCGAGGACCAUGAACCUGACUCAGAGGGCUCGACCCAGCCAGGAGCAGCCAGGUCGCCCAGGGCCGAGAGAAAGCACACAGUGGCCGUGCGGCAAGAGAAGGGACACAGGGAAGAGCUGGUCUGACGGCAGCCCUGGUGCACCACGUCCCGGAGAAGAGCGGUGGACCAGGAGAGGCAGGGAGCCUCCAGAGCCACGGGCCUGAGUCCUCGUCCCCUGAGCCCACCAGAGAGGAGUAAAGGAAAACACGUGCCUUCAACGAAGACCGGCGGGGGCCACCGUCCCAUUGACCCUGGGCUGAGCAGAGGGACAGACUUGGUCCCUGCUGCUGUAGGGGAGAUCAAAUGCCUGGAGGAACGGGAGACGGAAACAGCCCAGGACGGCAGGAGGCAGCUGGGGAAGCGAACGGCUUGUCUUCAAGGCCCGAAAAACCACUGUUUGGAUCAGAGCCCCGAGGGCGAAGCCGACGACCUGGAACAGCUGUGGCCAGUCGGCUCGACCUGCAGAAGGGGGGCCUCACCGCUGGCACAGCUCUGUGACGAGAGCAGGUGGUAGGGAGAGCUGGAGUUUGCCUCUGAAGGGUUGUUUGAUACCAACCGGAAGCUGAGAAAACACCUGAACUUGCACCUGGAUCUCAAGUCCGGGAUGGAUCAGAGCCCCAGUGAAGAACAGGGCUUUGAGGAGACGCAGGCGUGGAGAAGGGAGAGCCAGAGAAAGAGGAACGCAAGAGAUGCAGAGAUGGACAUGGUGCCCGCCGGGGAGCCCGUGAGUCCAGCGGGGUUGGACGCCCACCUGACGCCGUCCAGAACCAGCUUGAAAAAGUUACUAAGCAAACCCAGGAACCAAAAAUCCCAUAGGAUGGCCAAGUGCGUGGUUGAGAAUGACAGUAAACCGUGGUCUCCCGAGGCAGGGACAUCUGUCGAUGAAGAGAACCUGCUCUCGUGCAGCCCCGAAUCCAGACAGGAGCCUCCCCGACCGGACGCGCUGGUGCAGGGCUCCCUUCAGCUUCACCUGCAAGAACAGGCAGACAGAGGUGGCUUGACGGCAUCAAGGCAGAAGCAGAAAAUGCAGGUGGAGCAGAGAAUACCAAAGCAGCUGGACUCGCUCAAGCAAAUCAGACACCCCAAGAUGAGCUUGGAGGCCGACCUCCAGACGGAGCUGGAAGAUGGGAGGAGGGAACAGAGGCAAGCUUCUCUGGCUCAUCGGAAGCCUGACUCCCCCUCCAGACAGGAGAAGAAAGGAGGGUAUGACCGCAGCCCCACUUCCCCCUCGGCCAGCAUCGUCGACAAUGACAGGCACAGUCAGAUGAUCCGUGACCUUCAACAGCAAAUUCUAGAGCAAAACAAGUUGCACAUGCAGUUUCUUGAAGAAGCCAGGAAAUGCUUGUGAGAGUUUCAGGGAAUAUGUUAAAAGCGAGAGUCCUGCCCCUGGUAAAUACAUCACUGAUAACUGAGCGUUCUGCCAGAGCUGGCACCCAAGUCUGUGCGAUUGUAUUUGCACCAUCUGCUCAGAAACCUGUAGCCUCUUUAAAAUGGGCCAACAGUCAUCCUUCCAUCCUUUGGAGCGAAUUCCUCUGCAGGAAUCAUACUUAUUGCCAGUCUCGCCUUUAAAACUAAGUCCAAUUCAGGAAGACUCCUUAGCACGAACGUGUGGGGCGCGGUAGGAGGGUCUGGCCAUUGUAGCACAAAGGUGUGUCCCGGAGCUGAGGCUGUUUUCACGUGCCACAGCACAGAUGGAAACACCAGGUACAUUUAAGUGCUUCAGAUGUUUUGGCGAAAUGAACACUGGACUUUGAGGGGCAUGCAAGGUCAGACGGGCGCAGUUUCAAAAGAUACAUCAUUUGUUGCUUAGCCAGUGGCUGAGACGUUAAUGGAGAGAUUUAACAAAAAUCUUUUAGUCUUUCAAACCAACAUCAUUUAAUAGGACAUCAGUAACAUUCUUAUAACUUUAAUAUUAGAAAGCAGGA